GGCAACUGUCGGUUUCUGCUGUCAAAAGACAAUUCUGAUUUCCGGUCUUUUCACUCCUCCGUGGCAUGGCGGAUGGUCUUUACCACCGCUAAUAGUGUGUUUUUCGGAGGAAUAGCUUCGCUAAUAUAGCGAAAUGAGUUUAUCACUUUCCCGACCUUUAGUGUCGGUGUACUCUGAGAAGAGCGAAGUGGUCGCCGGGAAGACUAUCCCGCUGCCCUUCGUGUUCAAGGCGCCCAUCCGCCCGGACCUGGUCAACGAUGUCCACGUGUCCAUGUCCAAGAAUGCGCGCCAGCCUUACUGCGUCAGCAAGGAGGCCGGCCACCAAACCAGCGCCGAGUCUUGGGGUACCGGUCGUGCCGUAGCGCGUAUCCCGCGUGUGCGCGGUGGUGGUACCCACAGGUCCGGUCAAGGUGCUUUCGGCAACAUGUGUCGCGGUGGACGCAUGUUCGCGCCGACGAAACCCUGGCGCCGCUGGCACCGCCGCGUCAACCUGCGCCAGCGCCGCGCCGCCGUCGCUGCCGCGCUCGCCGCUUCCGGCGUGCCCGCGCUUGUGCAGGCCAGAGGACACAUCAUUGAGAAAAUCCCCGAGCUGCCGCUGGUCGUGUCCGACAAGGUCCAAGAGAUCACCAAGACCAAGCAGGCUGUGAUCUUCCUUAGACGUGUGAAGGCCUGGUCUGACGUCCUGAAGGUGUACAAGUCCCAGCGUCUGCGCGCUGGUAAAGGUAAAAUGCGCAACCGUCGCCGCGUUCAGCGCAAGGGACCCCUCAUCAUCUACCACAAGGACAAGGGUCUAUCCCGCGCAUUCCGCAACAUCCCCGGCGUUGAGAUGCUCAACGUGAACAAACUGAACCUCCUCAAGCUGGCGCCCGGCGGCCACCUCGGACGCUUCAUCAUCUGGACUCAGUCAGCCUUCGACAGGCUCGACGCCCUGUUCGGCUCGUGGAAGACUCCGUCCAAGUUGAAGAAGAACUUCAACCUUCCCCAGCCCAAGAUGGCCAACACCGACCUGACGCGCCUGCUCAAGUCCGACGAGAUCCGCAACGUGCUGCGCAAACCCAACAAGCGAGUGAUCCAUGCCAAACGCAAGCUGAACCCGUUGACCAACACUCGUGCGAUGUUGAAACUCAAUCCGUUCGCCGCUGUGCUCAAGAGGAAGGCGUUGCUCGACCAAGCCAGGAGGAGGAACCAGAGAGCGCUGGCGCUCGCGGAGAAGCGUGGGGUAAAACUGCCCGAAAACCAUCCAGCGAUGAAAGCUGAGAAACUGAGGGAGAGGAGACGCAAGACGAUCAGUGCCGCGAUGGCAAAGAAACCCAAGAAGCCCGCGGCGAAGAAGACUGCGCCCCCCGCGCCCAAGAAGAAGACCGUGGAGAAGGCCGCGAAGAAGGCAGAGAAGAAGGCGGCUAAGCCAGCAGAAAAAGCGGCUAAGCCUGCCGAGAAACCAGCGGCUAAGUGAAGGGAAUAAAGUUUUAUAGACUA